CAUACGCGCACCGCACCGCGGCGCCGAUACAUAAGCCCUCAGCCCCCGCAUCACUGCUCCACCACCACCACGCGGGACAGCUCACCACAGCCUGCGCAGCACCGAGAGAGCGCCGCAAGAAUCCAAGAAGCCACCGUCGGCGGCGGCGAUGAGGGCGGCCGGGGCAGCCGUGGCGCUGCUCUUCUUCCUCUUCCUGGCCGCGGCGGCCGAGGUGGCGGCGCUGCCGAGGUUCGCGGAGGCGCCGCAGUACCGGAACGGGGAGGGGUGUCCGGCGUCGACAGCGGCCGGCGUGUGCGACCCGGGCCUGGUGCACAUAGCCAUGACCCUCGACGCGCACUACCUGCGGGGCUCCAUGGCGGCCAUCUACUCGCUGCUCAAGCACGCCUCCUGCCCGGAGUCGCUCUUCUUCCACUUCCUGGCGGCGGCGCCGGGCGACGGCGAGCUGCGCGCCGCGCUGGCGGCCUCCUUCCCGUCCCUGCGGUUCGAGAUCUACCCGUUCCGCGCCGAGGCCGUGGCCGGGCUCAUCUCGGCCUCCGUGCGCGCCGCCCUCGAGGCGCCGCUCAACUACGCGCGGAACCACCUCGCCGACCUGCUCCCGCCCUGCGUGCCCCGGGCCAUCUACCUCGACUCCGACGUCCUGGCCGCCGACGACGUGCGCCGGCUCUGGGAGACCCGCCUCCCCGCCGCCGCCGUCGUCGCCGCGCCCGAGUACUGCCACGCCAACAUCUCCCGCUACUUCACGCCCGCCUUCUGGUCCGACCCGGCGCUGGGCGCGCGCGUCUUCGCGGACCGCCGCCGCCCGCCCUGCUACUUCAACACCGGCGUCAUGGUCAUCGACCUCCGCCGCUGGAGGGCCGGCAACUACCGCCGCCGGAUCGAGCGCUGGAUGGAGAUCCAGAAGGAGAAGCGCAUCUACGAGCUGGGCUCGCUGCCGCCGUUCCUGCUGGUCUUCGCCGGCGAGGUGGAGGCCGUCGACCUCCGCUGGAACCAGCACGGCCUCGGCGGGGACAACGUGCACGGCAGCUGCCGCCCGCUCCACGACGGGCCCGUCAGCCUGAUGCAUUGGUCGGGCAAGGGCAAGCCGUGGGACCGCCUGGACGCCGGCAGGCCCUGCCCGCUCGACCACACCUGGAAGUCCUACGACCUCUACAUCGCCGGGGACGGAAGCAGCGCCGCCUCGCCAGCCUCCGGGCCGGCAUUGUCCGCCUGGUAGAGGGAGCUCGUAGCUGUACUGACUAGAUACAGUAAUUCUUUUGUUGGUUGGGCGGUUCUUGGCAAUGGCAGCGCGGCGGCACCGCGUCGGUGCCGCGGCUGCCGCUGCCGUCGGAUGUACAGGGCGGCGAGGGGGGAAGGGAGGGUCGCCGGCGAUUGCUGCGCGAGGAGGGAGAAGAGUGGUGGAUAGAGAAAAGAAGAGCUUGUUCUUUUUGGUAGAAAAUCAGAUUGGUUAUGUGGGGGGAUUUUGAUUCUUUUUGGUCGAGGUGGACAUUCUAGGGGUUGGUUGCCAAUUCGCUGGAUUGGUGGCGAUGUACAAUUCGUUGAUAGUACUAGGAAAGACUGGAAUUUUGUUCUGUUGUUAUUGACGAUUCUUUCAUUCAUAAUAAGCCUGUGCGUUCUUGAUCUGAAA